AUGCCAGCUGCGACUGCAUGGGAGCACCCGGUGUACUCGGAUAAGCAAGUAUGUGCGAUAACCAUUUCCCACCGGGAUGUAAAAGAUUGGACAGACAAAGUGGCCUUAAACAGUGUUCGGCUCUUGCGUUGGGGUAUGGAUUUCGCUACGGGUUACAAGCACCCUACUGAAGAGCAGGCCCGAAAGCAUCCCCAUAAAUUUGUCAUGACGGAAGAAAAAUGGCUUACACGAUUCAUUUUCCUCGAGAGUGUUGCUGGGGUCCCUGGGAUGGUGGGAGGUAUGCUUCGCCAUUUACGGAGCCUUCGUAAAAUGAAGCGAGAUAACGGUUGGUAUGUGAUCGAGACACUGCUAGAAGAGGCCCACAAUGAGCGCAUGCAUCUUCUUACCUUCCUCAAGCUCGCGAAACCUGGAUGGUUCAUGCGUUUGAUGGUCAUUGGGGCACAAGGCGUAUUUUUCAACGGGUUUUUCUUGGCCUACUUGAUUUCUCCACGAAUUUGUCAUCGUUUUGUCGGUUAUCUGGAAGAAGAGGCUGUUAUAACGUACACACGUGCGAUUCAAGAUCUCGAACAUGGUAAACUUCCGAAAUGGCAAACGCUUCAAUCACCGGACAUUGCAAUCAAAUACUGGAAAAUGCCGGAAGGCCGACGCAGUAUGCGAGAUCUCCUUCUAUACGUUCGUGCUGAUGAAGCCAAGCACAGGGAAGUAAACCAUACAUUUGGAAAUCUAGUUCCAGAAGAAGAUCCAAACCCCUUUGCUGGAAGGUAUUCAGAUACGUCUAAGCUUCAACCUUCUAAGGGGUUGAUGAACCUGAAGCCAAUUGGCUGGGAAAGGAAAGAUGUUCUCUGA